GAGGACCUUACCUAGCCAUGCUCGUACGAUAUGUAAAAACAUAAAACAAAGCCGGAGUAUCAGCAGAAGCAUAGUGAGCGUAGAGACAUUUACCUUUGAAAGUUUGAACGAUAUUGUCGGUAUUUAAUAACCGAACCACAGGACAGCAUAAUGCGUUACGGCCAGUUAGUGAUGGGUCCCGCCGGAAGCGGAAAAUCCACCUAUUGCGCCACAAUGCAGCGGCAUGGUUACGAUGAUAAACGGCUGAUCAAAGUCGUUAACCUGGACCCGGCGGCGGAAUCGUUCGACUACCAGCCCUUCAUCGACAUACGGGAUCUGAUUCAGCUGGACGAUGCCAUGGAGGACGAAGAGCUGCAUUACGGACCGAACGGGGGGUUAGUGUUUUGCAUCGAAUAUUUACUGGAGAAUUCAGAUUGGCUUAGGAAUCAGCUGUGCGGGGUAGGAUCGGACGAUGAAGAAGAAGGCGCCACGGGUGUUGAAGAACCAGAUGACGACUAUAUAUUGUUCGAUAUGCCGGGACAGAUUGAACUGUACACCCAUUUGCAGGCAGGAAAACAACUGGCGAAGCUGUUGGAAUCGUGGAACUUUAGACUUUGUUCCAUUUUUCUAGUGGAUUCACAAUUCAUGAUUGAUGGAUCUAAGUUUCUGUCCGGAACGAUGGCAGCGCUUAGCGUUAUGGUUAAUAUGGAAUUACCUCAUGUUAAUAUUCUUAGCAAAAUGGAUUUGCUAAGCAAGACGAGCAAGGGUCAAUUGGACAAGUAUUUGGAACCGGAUCCACAAGCUUUGCUGGGCGAAGUUACAAAUGAAUCGUCUUGGGGCAGGAAAUACCGAAAACUAUCGGAAACCAUUGGGCUGCUUAUUGAAGACUUUAGCUUGGUACGAUUUACUCCUAUGAAUAUUAAUGACGAAGAAAAUAUUGCCGAUUUGCUGCUAAUGAUCGAUAACGUAAUACAGUAUGGGGAAGACGCGGAUGUUAAAACGAGAGAUUUCGAUCCACCGGAGCCGGACGAUUGUGAUGAUGAUGACGGUCGAUAUUAUCAUGACUAAACGAUUAAAUUAUGUCGCAACAGUAAAUUGACCGUAAUUGUUUUAUUUCACUCAUGACUUCUCGUCGGAAAGUUCCAUAUUUACAUCGUAAUCGUCUUCGUUCUAUAAUAGAAUUUUUAAAUUCUUUUUGUGUUACCGCUUAUUGAUGUAUCUACUUGAUU